GAGCUCCGAGCCGCUGCAGCCCGAGGCGCCUCCGGCCAGAACAGCCCGGCCCCUCGGCGGCGGCACACCUUGACAGGAGAGGCGGGCCAUGCAGGAGCCGCUGCUGGGAGCCGAGGGCCCGGACUAUGACACCUUCCCCGAGAAGCCGCCCCCGUCACCAGGGGAGAGGACGCGGAUCGGGGCCCUGCAGAGCAAGAGGGUGUUGCUGGCAGCCUUCGCCGCUGUGCUGGGCAACUUCAGUUUCGGGUACUCCCUGGUCUACGCGUCCCCUGUCAUCCCCGCCCUGGAGCACUCCUUGGAUCCAAACCUGAGUCUGACCAAAACCCAGGCAUCCUGGUUUGGGUCCGUGUUCACCUUGGGUGCGGCGGCCGGAGGCCUCAGUGCCAUGGUCCUCAAUGACCUCCUGGGCCGGAAGCUCAGCAUCAUGUUCUCGGCCCUACCCUCGGUAGCCGGCUACGCGUUCAUGGCUGGUGCCCAUGGCCUCUGGAUGUUGCUCCUCGGGCGGAUGCUGACGGGCUUUGCUGGGGGUCUCACGGCUGCCUGCAUCCCGGUGUACGUGUCUGAGAUCGCUCCCCCUGGUGUUCGUGGGGCCCUAGGUGCCACACCCCAGCUCAUGGCGGUGUUCGGAUCACUGUCCCUCUACGCCCUUGGCCUGCUGCUGCCCUGGCGCUGGCUGGCUGUGGCAGGGGAGGGACCCGUGCUCGUCAUGAUCCUGCUGCUCAGCUUCAUGCCCAACUCGCCUCGCUUCCUGCUCUCGAGGGGCAGGGACUCGGAGGCACUGCAGGCGCUGACCUGGCUGCGAGGGGCUGAUGCCGACAUCCGCUGGGAAUUCGAGCAGAUCCAGGACAACGUCCGGAAACAGAGCAGCCGCAUGUCGUGGGCCGAGGCCCGGGACCCCCACAUGUACCGACCCAUCACCAUCGCCUUGGUGAUGCGCUUCCUGCAGCAGCUGACAGGCAUCACGCCCAUCCUGGUCUACCUGCAGUCCAUCUUCGACAGCACCGCCGUCCUGCUGCCCCCCAAGGAUGAUGCAGCCAUCGUGGGGGCCGUGAGGCUCCUGUCCGUGCUGAUCGCCGCGGUCACCAUGGACCUGGCCGGCCGCAAGGCCCUGCUCUUCGUCUCAGGAGCCACCAUGUUUGCUGCCAACCUGACACUGGGGCUGUACGUCCACUUUGGUCCAAAGGCUCUGACCCCUAAUAGCACCAUGGGCAUGGAGAGUGUGCCCACGGCGGGCACAGAGCAGCCCCUGGUCACGCCCACCAGCUACCUCACCCUGGUCCCCCUGCUGGCCACCAUGCUCUUCAUCAUGGGCUACGCCAUGGGCUGGGGGCCCAUCACCUGGCUCCUGAUGGCGGAGAUUCUGCCCCUGCGAGCCCGCGGCGUGGCCUCGGGGCUCUGCGUGCUGGUCAGCUGGCUCACCGCCUUUGCCCUCACCAAGUCCUUCCUGCCGGUGGUGAACGCCUUCGGCCUGCAGGCCCCUUUCUUCUUCUUCGCUGCCGUCUGCUUGGUGAACCUGGCGUUCACCGGCUGCUGUGUGCCCGAGACCAAGGGCCGGUCGCUGGAGCAGAUCGAGUCCUUCUUCCACUCGGGGAGGUCCGUCCUGCACUAGGGCAGGGCUGCCGCCCAGAGGGCCCAACCACUGGGCAGCCGAGCUGUGCGCUCGCCCCAUAUCCGCACUCCGAGUCCAGGAGGCAGCGCAGCGUGUCGUCAGCCGGGGCGCAGGAGGACCCGCCAGAGGCCUGACGGCCCGCAGCACACGCGCCAGCUCCGGGCAGCACCGUUGUCCAGCCUCGGCCCCAGCUCAGGUAGCCUGCGAGCCACGCUCUUCAGCCGAGGCCCACCAGCGGAGGGGGCAGCCACUCGGCCUGAGGGUCUGCCGGGCGACCUCAGGCCUAGCUUCCACUUCAACGGAGGGCUGGCCUUGCUGAGGACAGGGACAGGGCUGGAGGUGGCAGAGCAGUGCCACACAGGGACAUCCUGUUCUCAUCACUUAGCGGCCAUCGGGCCUCUUGGCUUUGGGGAGGGAACUGCACCUGUGAGAGCCUGUGGCCACCCCAGGGAAUGUUCUGGACUCCCACAGGCCAGGGCACAAGACCCAGCAUGGCCACUUCCUCCUGCACCCGCCCCACUGCUGGCAACAGGGGGCGCUCAAGUGCAAGCUGUGCUCACCCUAUUUAUAGAAAUAAAUCAGGCCACGGCCUGGGAGAGGAA